CCUCAGACUGGGGAUCUUUAAUGGAUGAGAAGCCCUCACUCUAUGGACCCUUCCUUGGAUUAACAGCCCAGCUGCAUUACAUCUCAUGUGCUGCCAGCAUGCAACACACCCCUCCCUCUCACCACGCAUACUGUUCCUGAAAGCCAGAUCAAGAUCAUAAACAGCAUUUUUUCUUUCAAAAUGCACCCUACCUGACAGCAUGCAUCUGUAUCAAUGAUCACUGAAGAAGAAGAAGAAUAGGAAGUAAUUCCCGGGGAUACUGGAAGGUGGAGAAGCCACCCAGUCUAUGUAUCCCUGCUCUUCUUGUGCUACUACAUCUCUGCUCUGCCAUUAAAUGCUAAGACGGAGAGGACACACGGGACUCAACCAGCUGCUGGGAAAGAAAAAGCAGAAAUGAACAAGCUCUCGCAAUCCACAGAAAGCCCAGACCCAUGAGCUGAAGGCAGAGGGGGGAAAAGUUGCAGCUUUUGAGACUCUUGUUUGAUCUUGGAUAAAGGCUGUAGGGGGAGUGACUGCACUUACCAUCUUCUAGGGGAGCAGCCAGUGAACAAUUGUAUGAAGAUCACGGACAGAAAGCAUGGAUCUGGACUGCUGCUCAAAUUGAUCUUGUGGUUGUCAUUCUGAUUUCUGUGCUGAUUUUGAAUUCCAUUUCUUUGGAAGCAGAGAUUUCAUUGAAAGAAAAAUCUCAAUAAAGAUAUAUAUUACAAAGAGGAACUUGCCAUGAGAAGGCAGUACGUGUAAACCUGUGUCUGGAAUUUUUGCCAAGCUGCCCUCUCAUAGCCCUUGGCACAGGGGGAGCAGACCCAGCAUAUCUGCCUUGGGUAUAACCCCAUCCCUAAUUUCUAGUUUAUUCCAUUCAGUUCCACACUUUGAGAAAAGCAAAAGUUUUCUUUCUUGUCUUCCACGCACCUCAUAUCUCCUGAGCCGGCCUCUUUUUGUUUUAUCUUUUAUUGCCUCGUGUCCUGCAUGAACACAGAGGGAUUGGAGAAGUCCUGCGGAAACCCCCCAGCUUCCCCAGCAGGAUGCCCAGGAGAAAACAACAAGCACCCCGGCGCUCUGCAGCAUACGUUCCUGCAGAGGAGUUAAAGGCAGCUGAAAAUGAUGAAGAUAAUGUGGAAGAUGAUGGACUUUCGUUGGAUGUCCAAGACAGUGAAUAUUUAUUUAGCGAGGAACAAGAAAACAAAGAGCCUCAGAGCUAUCAAAAUUCUCCCGUUAGUAGUGCAACUAAUCAGGAUGCUGGCUAUGGGUCACCAUUUAGUGAGUCAAGUGAUCAUUUAGCAGAUUUUAAAAGUACUUCCUCUAAGGAUGGACAAGACAGGGAAGAUGGCCAGAAUGCGGACAAUAUGUCUUACCCUCAGGACAGUUUGGCACAAAUCAAAGCAGUCUACACAAACUUGCUUUCAGAGUGCAGCUGGUCAGCUCUGGCAUUAGAUCUGAAGAAAUCAACUCCAACUACAAGUACAAACGGAAGCAAACUGAGUGAACCCACAGAUACCAGGCCUAACUCUGUUACACCUACGACCAUUACAAGCAGCUGUAGUACUAAUACAAGUACUAGUAUUAGUGUUAGUACAAGCAACACUACCAGUAGCAACAGUGGUUCUGGGUAUGACUGGCACCAGGCUGCAUUGGCAAAGACAUUACAGCAGACUUCAUAUGGACUUCUGCCAGAACCCAGCCUGUUUAGUACAGUGCAACUCUAUCGGCAAAAUAAUAAACUAUAUGGAUCUGUUUUCACUGGUGCCAGUAAGUUUCGAUGCAAAGAUUGCAGUGGAGCGUAUGACACUUUGGUGGAGCUAACUGUCCACAUGAAUGAAACAGGACAUUAUCGUGAUAACAAUAGAGACAGAGAAUCUGAAAGAACGAAACGCUGGUCUAAACCUCGAAAGAGAUCACUUAUGGAAAUGGAAGGGAAAGAAGAUGCACAGAAAGUUUUGAAAUGCAUGUAUUGUGGACAUUCCUUUGAGUCAUUGCAAGAUCUUAGCGUUCACAUGAUUAAAACGAAGCAUUACCAAAAAGUGCCUCUGAAAGAGCCAGUACCAGCUAUAACAAAAUUAGUCCCUACAACAAAAAAACGUGCUCUUCAGGAUAUAGCAUCACCUGAGUCUCCUGAACAAGCAGGGAUCUCCCCAGGUGCCACAGCAAGUGAUGGUGCAAAGGACCCUAAAGCUGCCAAUCCAUAUGUAACUCCUAACAAUAGAUAUGGCUAUCAAAAUGGUGCUAGUUAUACGUGGCAGUUUGAGGCACGCAAAGCUCAAAUUUUAAAGUGUAUGGAGUGUGGUAGCUCUCAUGAUACUUUACAGCAACUUACUGCUCACAUGAUGGUCACCGGACAUUUCCUAAAAGUGACCAAUUCUGCAUCUAAAAAAGGCAAACAACUGGUUCUGGAUGCAUUAAUUGAAGAGAAAAUUCAGUCAAUACCUUUGCCCCCAACUACACAUGCAAGAUUACCAGCAUCGUAUAUAAAGAAGCAACCAGACUCGCCAGAUGCAUCUCCACUUUCUGAGGACAGGAAAGAUUUUGAAAAGGAAAAAAUAAAUGAUCCUGAGCCAGAAAAGAAGAUAAAAGAAGAAAAUGAGGACUCUGAAAAAAUUGAGCCUGCAACCUCAUACCAAUACCUCAGAGAGGAGGAUUUAGAUGAUAGUCCUAAAGGUGGGCUGGAUAUUUUAAAAUCACUGGAAAACACAGUGUCCUCUGCAAUCAGUAAAGCUCAAAAUGGGGCACCUUCAUGGGGAGGAUAUCCUAGUAUUCACGCUGCUUAUCAGUUGCCAGGAACAAUAAAAACACUGCAUCCAACUGUUCAGAGUGUUCAGAUGCAACCAUCUUACGCCAGCAGUGUCAAGUCUAUGGCAUCUGACCAUAAUGCUUUGAUCCAUUCUCCCGGAGAGCCUUCACCUCCACCUCAUAAAAGCAAUGUUUCUGCAAUGGAAGAGUUAGUGGAGAAGGUGACAGGAAAAAUUAAUAUAAAGAAGGAAGAAAAAACAUUAGAAAAAGAAAGGGUGCCUCCAGUUAAACCGGUAUCUCCAGUGGCAAAAGAAAACAAAGACAUUCUUAAACCAGAGGAAGCCAUCAAUAAAGCUAUAAAGAAAAACACGGAGGCUGAAAUUCAGAAGGCAAAAAAAGAAGUCCCAUUGGAACCCCAUGCACCAAAUGGUACAGAGCCUCUUAAAACAAAAGUAACGAAUGGGUGCAACAGUUUAGGCAUUAUUACAGAUCAUUCGUCUGAGCCAACUUUUAUUAAUCCUUUGAGUGCAUUACAGUCCAUAAUGAAUACACAUUUAGGCAAAGUGUCAAAACCUGUAAGUCCAUCUUUGGAUCCACUGGCAAUGUUAUACAAAAUUAGUAAUAGCAUGUUAGACAAACCUAUUUAUCCAACCACUCCUGUCAAACAGGUGGAUUCGAUUGACCGUUACUACUAUGAGAAUAGUGACCAACCGAUAGAUCUAACAAAAUCAAAAAACAAACCUCUUGUUGCAAGUAUGACAGACUCUGUCUCUUCACCUUUAAGAGAAAGUGCACUGAUGGAUAUUUCUGACAUGGUGAAGAACCUCACAGGACGUUUAACACCCAAGUCUUCUACACCAUCAACUGUAUCUGAAAAGUCUGAUGCAGAUGGCAGCAGUUUUGAGGAGGCAUUGGAUGAGUUGUCACCUGUGCACAAAAGAAAGGGCAGACAGUCCAAUUGGAACCCACAGCACCUCCUUAUACUUCAGGCCCAAUUUGCAUCUAGCUUAAGGGAGACAGCUGAAGGCAAAUACAUUAUGUCGGAUUUGGGUCCACAAGAACGGGUACACAUCUCUAAGUUUACUGGUCUUUCAAUGACGACGAUAAGCCACUGGCUGGCCAAUGUCAAAUAUCAAUUAAGAAGGACAGGGGGAACUAAAUUUUUAAAGAAUUUGGACACAGGACAUCCUGUCUUUUUUUGUAAUGAUUGUGCCUCUCAGUUCCGGACUGCUUUAACAUACAUAAGUCAUUUAGAGACACAUCUAGGCUUUAGUUUAAAGGAUCUUUCAAAGCUUUCUCUAAAUCAGAUUCAAGAACAGCAGAAUGUUUCAAAAGUUCUCACCAAUAAGGCUUUAGGCUCAAUUGGACUCAUUGAGGAGGACUCGGGCUCCACAUUCCAGUGUAAGCUCUGCAACCGGACUUUUGCAAGCAAACACGCAGUUAAACUGCACCUUAGUAAAACACAUGGAAAGUCCCCAGAGGACCAUGUGAUAUAUGUAACUGAAUUGGAAAAACAGUAACAUCCAGUUAUGCAGCCAGGUAUGCAAGUGACCAGAAGAACAUUGCACUAAACAUAUUCAUAACACUGCACUAGGCCUGACGUGAGCCUCUGAAAUCAGUCUUACUUUUUGUUGAACUGCCUAUCUGGAAUAUUGUUUCUUACACAUAUUUUAUAUUUAUAUUUAUAUUCGCUUUGUCUAAUUUGUGCAUGUUUUUUUCUUUGUGAGUCAAUGUCUGACCUUUAAUUUUCAACAUCUGUUCUUGAUGUUAAGCUAUCUUUUAUAGAAUGUAGUUGGAGACACUAUUGAGAGACAUUAAUUUAACCACAAAGAAACACAAAGAACAAUGACAAAAAAACAAAACAAACAUCCUAAAAUUAACACGUUGCCAUGACAAUAAAGGUUGGAAGAUCUUGUGGCAUCAAUUUAACCCUUUGAGCACUGCCAUAGCAUUUCUGUGCCUUUUGAUAUAAAAAAAAAGACAUAUUUAAUUAAAGUAUUUAUAAAAAUCACAUUUAAAAUGAAAAUAUAUUACUUAAAAGAAUUGAAUACAGAACUUAAAUAAGAAAAGUAUGUAUGCAGCCCUGGAAUGAGGGAGGAACGCUAUUUAGUACUCCUAGGGUUACUCUGCCACAUAUGCAAACAUAAAAGAAAUAAUAGUACUGCAAACAUGAGAAAAGAAUAGACAAGACACUGUACCAUCAAGUGUGAAAAGGGAAAAUGUUUCACUUGGGUAAAUUCUAGUAUGCAAGUAUGUUAUUCAGAUUGUACAAAAUAUGUCAUGUUUUGCAAAAUGGAAUAAUAUCUUUUCUUAUUUCCAUAUACAGUAAAAACUAUGAUACAUACAAACUUAUCUCUCCACAACUUUACUGCAUUUUAAUCUCUUUUCCUACCAUCAGCUUAACCAUUUGGGCAUCUGAGGUUUACGCACCAAUUGGAGCAAUCAGGCAUCUAAAGGGUUACAUUUUUACUUCACUGCAGGUCCUUCUGGCUGACAAAAUAACAGGACAGUCUGAGGCAGAAACUGAAUUAUGGGGCAGAUGUAUUAACCUGGAGAAGGCAUAAGGAAGUGAUAAA